GAAUAGCUCCAUGGGAGAGCAACAUAAAUAAGUGGCUGGUCGAUCAAAUGGUCGUUCGUUUAAACACAUGUUCCUCUGCACCUGAGCAGCAAUUUGGUAUUGAAGACACGGCUGACAACACAGGGGGACUUAGGAAUGGCUUCGGUGGGCAUGUGGGCGAGGUGGUAAUGCAGGACUUCCCUGUGACCAUAGACCCACGAACGAGCCGGGUAGCACACAGGGACGAGUACGAGGUGAAAUAUGUCGUCACUAAGAGUUGGUGCCUGUGUAGUUGCCUAUGUAGGAAUAGCAACUGGUCCAUCACGGAAUUAGACAAUACCAGGACUCGUUACACGAUGUGUCCACCCUCGUCGCAAGAUGCCCAGAAGUUCAAAAUUAUGGACAACGACCGAAACUUGAUUCUGACCAUUCAAAGGACGUCGAAUGAAUCGACAACAUGGAGGAUUAGGAGGAAUGAUAACGGCCCUCUGGUGGCGACCUGCAGAAAAAUGGACGCGAAGAACGCGGAUGUCAUCAACGCGGAGAUGGCCUCGAACACCUCCGCCCCCCGUACGCUCUACCUGCUGAUACACAGUCUCAAAAAAAAGGAACUAGUCAUAGCCAGUGGUAACGACAUUUUGUAAAGUAGUGUCAUACGUGUGUGGUCUCUUUUGAAACUAGUGAGUUACUCGUGAGAAUGAAUAACUUCUCUCUCGAAUAUAAUAGUGAAAGAGACAGGAAGUCUUGGUGUGUGUGUUGCUCUGUGCAUUUUGUAAUGUUUAUUUGAAAUAGAGAGUGUGAGUUGUUGUUAUAAACGGUAUAGAGUGUUGUGAGACAAAAGGUUAUGGGCCUGUUGCUUAGAAGCUGGGCAAGAUUGAUAAGUUCUUUUGAUAUCUUUUCGUAUUGUAGUGUUCACAGAGAAAAUACAUACAAUUUAGA